AUGCUGAGUGGCUCCGGCAGCUACUGUGGUUUAAGGUCGUUAGUCAUCUGCUGCUACUGCAGGAGACACGGGAGCGCCGAGCCAGAGCUGUGCAUGCAACCCUCGUGGUCCUCCCAGGCCAGCAGGAUGAGGGGGUCUAGGCAAACAUUCCUUAAUUUAUUCUGCAUCCUCUGGCUCCCGCUUCUGCUGAAGGCUGCCUCUUCCUCCCCUCUCCCCGGUGGAAACGACCCACCACACGCUUCGCUCCCCUCCGGGCUGUACAAAGGACAGACUUGCGUCGGAUGUGUGCUUGUGGUGUCUGUAAUUGAACAGCUUGCACAGUGGCACAACAGUACAGUAAAGGCAGCCGUGGAGAGACUGUGCAGCUACAUACCUGAAAAACUGCAAGGUUUCUGUUAUGUACUUGCUGAACUUUAUGGACCACACAUAGCUGAACUCAUAGACAGGGAAUUGAAUGCCGAUGUGGUCUGCCAUUCCUUGAAGCUGUGUAAACAGGAUCCAGGACAACCGCUUUGUCAUCUCUACCCUCCUCCGAAGGUGGGACUGAAUACUGCAAUAAGGAAAGCAAAAAGGAUUAUGAAGACUUCCAAGGAUCUGAAAAGCUUCACGGGGUUCUCAAGUGUAUGUGCAUUUCCUCUUCUGGCUAACCUGUGUGAGAAGAUUAAAUAUGUUAUAAGAAAUAAACUGCCUUUUGAAGAUUUUGAUGGAGAUAAAUUUAGUACUUUCCCGACGUUGAGGGGCUAUCACUGGCGAGGCAGAGACUGCAACGACAAAAACACCACCGUGUACCCUGGCAGACGUCCUGAUAAUUGGGAUGUGAAAAGUGAUUCUAACUGCAAUGGCAUAUGGGGUGUGGAUCCAAAAGAUGGAAUUCCCUACGAGGAGAAAUUCUGCAAAGGUGCAGACUCGCAAGGGGUCGUGCUGUUGGGAGACUCAGCCGGCGCUCACUUCCACAUCCCUCCCGAGUGGAUGACCGUCACGCAGAUGUCAGCGAAAUCGUUUGCUAAUCUCCCAAUGGCUUUCACCGACGAGCUUGACUGGCCCCAGUUCUCAGAGAUCACUGGAUUUCUGAACUCCACCAUCGGUGGCUGGACAGACUCUCUGUAUCUACGUUUACGCAGGAGAAAUCGCUGUAAUCACAGAGACUUACAGAACAUUUCCCAAAAUGGUGGUUCUUCAGGAAACCUCCUCUAUUUAAUAAAAAGCUUGGCCAGAAACCAGCUGUUGGACAAUCCAGCCAUAGUUGUCUACGCUACAAUUGGGAAUGAUGUCUGCAAUGGGAACCGUGACACGCUGGCUCACAUGACUACACCCAAAGAAAUGCUCUCCAACGUGGUGCAAGCUCUGCGAUACCUGGACUCCAGUCUUCCAAAUGGCAGCCACGUGAUUUUAACGGGCUUGGUAGAUGGCCGCUUUCUCUGGGAUAACCUGCAUGACAGAUACCAUCCUCUAGGGCAGCUGAACAGGGACGUCACGUACAGUCAACUUUAUUCUUUCCUCGACUGCCUCCAGGUGAGCCCCUGCAGCGGCUGGCUGACCCCCAACGAGACCCUCAGGAACCUGACCUCAGAGAGAGCUUUACAACUUUCCAAUGUCCUGAAAGAAAUAGCGAGAUCUGAGAAUUUUGCCAACUUUGAUAUUUUCUACAUGGAUUUCCCACUGAGACAAACGGCUGAGGAGUGGCGCAAGAUGGGAGGUGAGCCCUGGCAGCUGAUCGAACCAGUCGAUGGCUUCCACCCCAGCCAGAUUGCUGCAGCCCUUGGAACAAGCAUUACCUGGCAGAAGGCGCUACAUGAAUGGCCUCAAGUGCUUGGAAAGGAGAAUCCAUUCAACGACCAGAUUGAAGCUAUAUUCAAAGAUCAAGGUGGACACUGACUUCCAAACUGCUGGAGCCCUCACGUGGUUUACGGUGAUGCUUCCCAGUGCAUUCCGCGAAACAAGAUGAUUAAAGACACACACAAAAAAAGGGGGAGGGCAAGUUAUCAGAGCCAGUAGCAGUGGACAUAACACAACAGCAUUCUUUUCAGUUUGUAUCUCACCUGCACAAGUAGGCUAUGCUUUUUCU